AUGCAUUACUUUCAAUUAAGAUCUAUCUAUCUAUCUAUCUAUCUAUCUAUCUAUCUAUCUAUAUGUAUGUAUGUAUGUAUACACAUAUAUAUAUAUUACUUAAAUAAUAUCUAUCUAUCUAUCUAUCUAUCUAUCUAUCUAUCUAUCUGUAUGGGUCCAGAUGUUAUUUCCUUCUUUCCAACCUUAUUUGCCCAAUUCAUACAUUUCACUAGGUGUCCAGAUGUUAUUUCCUUCUUUCCAACCUUAUUUGCGCAAUUCAUACAUUUCACUAGGUGUCCAGAUGUUAUUUCCUUCUUUCCAACCUUAUUUGCCCAAUUCAUACAUUUCACUAGGUGUCCAGAUGUUAUUUCCUUCUUUCCAACCUUAUUUGCCCAAUUCAUACAUUUCACUAGGUGUCCAGAUGUUAUUUCCUUCUUUCCAACCUUAUUUGCCCAAUUCAUACAUUUCACUAGGUGUCCAGAUGUUAUUUCCUUCUUUCCAACCUUAUUUGCCCAAUUCAUACAUUUCACUAGGUGUCCAGAUGUUAUUUCCUUCUUUCCAAACUUAUUUGCCCAAUUCAUACAUUUCACUAGGUGUCCAGAUGUUAUUUCCUUCUUUCCAAACUUAUUUGCCCAAUUCAUACAUCUCACUAGGUGUCCAGAUGUUAUUUCCUUCUUUCCAACCUUAUUUGCCCAAUUCAUACAUUUCACUAGGUGUCCAGAUGUUAUUUCCUUUUUUCCAACAUUAUUUGCCCAAUUCAUACAUUUCACUAGGUGUCCAGAUGUUAUUUCCUUCUUUCCAACCUUAUUUGCCCAAUUCAUACAUUUCACUAGGUGUCCAGAUGUUAUUUCCUUCUUUCCAACCUUAUUUGCCCAAUUCAUACAUUUCACUAGGUGUCCAGAUGUUAUUUCCUUCUUUCCAACCUUAUUUGCCCAAUUCAUACAUUUCACUAGGUGUCCAGAUAUUAUUUCCUUCUUUCCAACCUUAUUUGCCCAAUUCAUACAUUUCACUAGGUGUCCAGAUGUUAUUUCCUUCUUUCCAACCUUAUUUGCCCAAUUCAUGCAUUUCACUAGGUGUCCAGAUGUUAUUUCCUUCUUUCCAACCUUAUUUACCCAAUUCAUACAUUUCACUAGGUGUCCAGAUGUUAUUUCCUUCUUUCCAACCUUAUUUACCCAAUUCAUACAUUUCACUAGGUGUCCAGAUGUUAUUUCCUUCUUUCCAACCUUAUUUACCCAAUUCAUACAUUUCACUAGUCUCAAAGAACAAACUGCUAUGAAACAAAAAGUCAGCUCUUUUUAUCUUUCCUCUGUCUUGGACAAGAAACUGAAAUUUCUUGCUUGUCUUAGCCUCAUUCUCGCCGAUAACACAUGUGCCGUGUCACUUCAAUAUUGA